UAUAGCUCCGAUGUCUGGCGCUCUGCAUCCUGCCUUUGCCCUGUAUCUAUUGCCGCAUCUGUCGAAAUGAAGGCGCGCUCUGGUGUUCAGGUCCGCGAGCGCGCACGCACUCUGCGUCACAACUCUUGUCACAGACGGACGUCGCCCACGCUCUGCUAAUGUGUUUCCUGUUAUGGCCGCUUGCAUAGGACGAAAAGACAGACGAGAUGUGUUUGUAAAUGACCGUGUGAGGCAGGCGCCGUCGGGAUGGCGGUGACGCAGCUGUGUAAGCUUGUCAGUAGGUCGGCGGUCCACGUACGCAGGAGGUACAGCAAGCUUCAGUUGUCUCCAGCGUUAUCUGAGCGCCUGCGGGUGUUUGAGUCUCUAAGGGAACAACGAGGCAAGAAGAGGAGACCUGAAGUUGCAGAAAAGCCCCUCUCCAUCCACGUUACUAGUGGACAAACUGUGAAGGGAACAGCAGGAGUAACCACGCCCCUCCUUGUUGCACAGAGUCUCAGGGCGAAAGGAGCCCUGGUGAGUAAGGUGAAUGGGGAGCUGUGGGAGCUGGGCCGCCCUCUAGAGGCAGACUGUGAACUGCAGCUUCUUGGGUUUAACACAGCUGAAGGAAGACAGGCGGCAUGGCGGACAGGAGCGUGUGUCCUUGGGGGGGUGUUGGAGGGGGUGUUUGGAGCAGAGGUGUGCAGGGAAGGAGCGUCUGAGCUCGGACUUUUCUGUGACCACGUCUUGAGCAGCAGUUCCCUAUCACUAAGUGAUGUGGAGGCAAAAUGUAAGGCGGCUGCAGCGCUCAGACUCCCUUUGUUCAGACUGGACCUGAACACAGCAGAGCUUCGGGAACUUUUUCAGGACAGUAAACUGAGGCUGCAGCUUGUUGAGGAGCAGACCGACAGCUCCACUGUCACCGUCUACAGGUGUGGGGACAGUUUAGCGGUGUGCAAUGGGCCCCUCCUCCCACACACGGGCUUCCUCAAGGUCUUCAAGAUGUUCCAGCUGUCCUCCGUCACCCUGUCCAGCCAGACGGAGUCUGCCGGGCUGACGCGUCUGCUAGGAGCGGCGUUUCCAGGAGAAAAGGACAGGGAGGAGUGGGAGAGGGAGCAGGAGGAGGCGAGGAGGAGAGACCACAGGCGUAUUGGAACAGACCAGGAGCUGUUCUUCUUCAAUGACGUGAGCCCGGGCAGCUGCUUCUUCCUCCCCAAAGGAGCCCACAUCUACAACACGCUCACUGACUUUAUUAAGAGUGAGUACCGAAGGCGAGGCUUCAGUGAGGUCGUGACCCCGACUCUUUACAGCACCGCUUUAUGGGAGCGCUCGGGCCACUGGGAGCACUACAGCGACAACAUGUUCACCGUGACCUCCGAGGGCUCUCAGACCUUCGCGCUGAAGCCCAUGAACUGUCCGGCCCACUGUCUCAUGUUCGAGCGGCGGGCUCGCUCGUGGCGGGAGCUUCCUCUGCGCUGGGCCGACUUCGGGGCGCUGCAUCGUAACGAGCUCUCUGGAGCUCUGGGAGGCCUGACCCGCGUCCGGAGGUUCUGCCAGGACGACGCUCACAUUUUCUGCACGCCGGAGCAGCUGGAACGGGAGAUUGUGGCUUGUUUGGACUUUGUUCGGAGCGUCUAUCGAGUGUUUGGGUUCUCCUUCCACUGCUUGCUCUCCACACGUCCUGCUCCGUGCCUGGGGGAGCCUGAGCAGUGGGACCAUGCCGAGCAGCAGCUGGAGAAGAGUCUGCAGCAGUUCGGGGAACGUUGGGAGCUGAACCCUGGAGACGGAGCUUUCUACGGGCCAAAGAUCGACAUCCAGAUUAAAGACGCUAUUGGCCGACAACAUCAGUGUGCCACAAUCCAGCUCGACUUCCAGCUGCCCAUCAGAUUCAGCCUCCAGUAUGUCGGACGAGACGGACAGCUGCACCGGCCAGUGAUGAUCCACCGCGCCGUCCUCGGGUCGCUGGAGAGGAUGAUCGCUAUACUGGCUGAAAACUUUGGAGGCAAAUGGCCUCUGUGGUUGUCUCCGGCGCAGAUCAUGGUGAUUCCUGUAGGGGGCAACAGUGAGUCGUACGGCCGGCAGGUGGUCGAGCAGUUCCACGAAGCUGGCUUCACGGUGGAUUUAGACGACGACCCGGGUACAACCUUAAAUAAGAAGAUCCGCUCCGCUCAGCUGGCCCAGUACAACUACAUAUUUGUGGUGGGCGAUAAGGAGCGUGAGAGUGGAGCGGUGAAUGUUAGGAGCAGAGGGGGUAAACAGCUGGGCAGCAGGCAAACGGAGGAGGUGCUGAGGUCCCUCAUACAUCUACGAGACACCAGGAGCAACCAGAACGACUUUUAACGGAAUAAAUCAUGGCUUCAUGCUCCGUUUUGUUACCUUUUUGCUUGUCUUGUGAAUGUGAAUGCUAUCGGUUAUAAUAAAAGUACAUAAACAUUGAUGUU